CCCAACAUCCUCAUUCACACAAUGAGCUUGUUCGGCUGUUCAUUACCGUCCAGCGAAGUUGCUGCUGAUCCUCCCUCCCUGAAUGAAGAUUCAGCUUGACACAAAAUAAAACUUCCUCUUCUGUCCAACAUCUAUAUGAGAAGAGGAGGAUUUGGAGACAGAAAUCUCAAAAAAGUCAUGUCAAGAUUUGAGAGAGUUGCUUGAUUCAUGGGAGUUGAAUAUCAUCGACCUUUGAAUCUAGGAGAUAUGGUUCUUUGAUUCUAAAUAUCAGUUUAACUGAGACAGCACCAAGACACAAGCACACCUGAAUGAGAGAGUUCCAGUGUACUGACUGUGGAAGAGCUUUCACCAGUUACACAGCCUGAAAUAUCAUUGCACCAUUCACAGCUGGGAGAGACCAUAUACGUGUUAUGUGUGUGGACGAGGCUCCAAUUGAUCAUUGAACCAGGAGAGACACAAGGACCCCUGCACCAUGGGGAAACCGUGGAAUUGUGGGGACUGUGGGAAGGGAUUCCGGUUCCCAUCUGAGUUGGAAACUCAUCAACGCAUUCAUACUGGGGAGAGGCCGUUCACCUGCUCCGUGUGUGGGAAGGGAUUCACUAGAUCAUCCACCCUGCAGACACACCAGCAAGUUCAUGCUGUGGAGAGCCCAUUCACCUGCUCUGAGUGUGGGAAGGGAUUCAGUGUUCCAUCCCAUCUGCUGACACACCAGCGAGUUCACACCAGGGUGAUGCCAUUCACAUGCCCUGAGUGUGGGAAAGGAUUCACUCGGUCAUCCAACCUGUUGACGCACCAGCGAGUUCACACUGGGGAGAGGCCGUUUACAUGCCGUGUGUGUGGGAAGGGAUUCUCUCAAUCACCCAAUCUGUUGGCACACCAGCGAGUUCACACUGGGGAGAGACCUUUCACCUGCUCUGACUGUGGGAAGGGAUUUAUUGAUUCCUCCCACCUACUGCUACACCAGCGAGUUCACACUGGGGAGAGGCCGUUCACCUGCCCCGAGUGUGGGAAGGGAUUCACUCGGUCAUCCAACCUGCUGACACACCAGCGAGUUCACACUGGGGAGAGGCCGCUCACUUGCUCUGAGUGUGGGAAGGGAUUCAGUGAUUCAUCCACCUUGCUUAUACACCAGCGAGUUCACACCGGGGAGAGGCCAUUUAUCUGCUCUGAGUGUGGGAAGGGAUUCAGUGUAUCAUCCCAUCUGCGGAGACACCAGCGAGUUCAUACAGGAGAGAGGCCGUUCAUCUGCCCUGAGUGUGGGAAGGGAUUCACAGUGUUAUACAACCUCCUGACACACCAGCGAGUUCACACUGGGGAGAGACCAUUCACCUGCUCUGUGUGUGGGAAGGGAUUCUGUGAUUCAUCCACCUUGCUGAGACACCAGCGAGUUCACACUGGGGAGAGGCCGUUCACCUGUUCUGAGUGUGGGACGGGAUUCAGUAUGUUAUCUCAUCUGCAGAGACACCAGCGAGGUCACACCGGGGAGAGGCCAUUCACCUGUUCUGAGUGUGGGAAGGGAUUCACACAGUUAUACAACCUGAUGACACACAAGCGAGUUCACACUGGGGAGAGGCCAUUCGCCUGUUCUGAGUGUGGGAAGGGAUUUACUCAAUUAUCAAUCCUGCUGAGACACCAGCGAGUUCACAAUGGGGAGAGGCCGUUCACCUGCUCCGUGUGUGGGAAGGGAUUCACUACAUCUUCCACUCUGCAGACACACCAGCAAGUUCAUGCUGUGGAGAGCCCAUUCACCUGCUCUGAGUGUGGGAAGGGAUUCAGUGUUUCAUCCCAUCUGCUGACACACCAGCGAGUUCACACCGGGGAGAGGCCAUUCACAUGUCCUGAGUGUGGGAAGGGAUUCUCUCAGUCAUCCAACCUGUUGACACACCAGCGAGUUCACACUGGGGAGAGGCCGUUCACCUGCUCUGACUGUGGGAAGGGAUUUAUUGAUUCCUCCCACCUGCUGCUACACCAGCGAGUUCACACCGGGGAGAGGCCGUUCACCUGCCCCGAUUGUGGGAAGGGAUUCACUCGGUCAUCCAACCUGCUGACACAUCAGCGAGUUCACACUGGGGAGAGGCCGCUCACUUGCUCUGAGUGUGGGAAGGGUUUCAGUGAUUCAUCCACCUUGCUGACACACCAGCGAGUUCACACUGGGGAGAGGCCAUUCACUUGCUCUGUGUGUGGCAAGGGAUUCACUCAGUCAUCCAACCUGGUGACACACCAGCGAGUUCACACAGGGGAGAGGCCGUUCAUCUGUCCUGAGUGUGGCAAGGGAUUCAUUGUGUCAUCCCAUCUGCGGAGACACCAGCGAGUUCACACUGGGGAGAGGCCGUUCAUCUGUUCUGAGUGUGGGAAGGGAUUCACACAGUUAUACAACCUGGUGACACACAAGCGAGUUCACACUGGGGAGAGGCCAUUCACCUGUUCUGAGUGUGGGAAGGGAUUUACUCAAUUAUCAAUCCUGCUGAGACACCAGCGAUUGGAAACUCAUCGACGUGUUCACACUGGGGACAGGCCAUUCACCUGCUCCGUGUGUGGGAAGGGAUUCACUAGAUCAUCCACCCUGCAGACACACCAACAAGUUCAUGCUGUGGAGAGCCCAUUCACCUGCUCUGAGUGUGGGAAGGGAUUCAGUGUUUCAUCCCAUCUGCUGACACACCAGCGAGUUCACACCAGGGAGAGGCCAUUCACAUGCCCCGAGUGUGGGAAGGGAUUCACUCGGUCAUCCAACCUACUGACACACCAGCGAGUUCACACCGGAGAGAAGCCAUUCAAAUGCCCUGUGUGUGGGAAGGGAUUCUCUCAAUCACCCAACCUGUUGGCACACCAGCGAGUUCACACUGGGGAGAGACCUUUCACCUGCUCUGACUGUGGGAAGGGAUUUAUUGAUUCUUCCCACCUGCUGCUACACCAGCGAGUUCACACCGGGGAGAGGCCGUUCACCUGCCCCGAGUGUGGGAAGGGAUUCACUCGGUCAUCCAACCUGCUGACACACAAGCGAGUUCACACCAGGGAGCGGCCAUUCACCUGCUCUGAGUGUGGGAAAGGAUUCAGUGAUUCGUCUUCCUUACUGACACACCAGCGAGUUCACACCGGGGAGAAGCCGUUCAUCUGCCCUGAGUGUGGGAAGGGAUUCAGUGUGUCAUCCCAUCUGCGGAGCCACCAACGAGUUCACACUGGAGAGAGGCCGUUCACCUGCCCUGAGUGUGGGAAGGGAUUCAGUGUGUCAUCCCAUCUGCGGAGACACCGACGAGUUCACACUGGGGAGAGGCCAUUCACCUGUUCUGAGUGUGGGAAGGGAUUUACUGAAUCAUCAAUCCUGCUGAGACACCAGCGAAUUCACAAAUGAUUACAUGUGAUUAUUGUUGCUCUUAAUCACAUGCAGAACAGAUGCAUGUUCGUUCUGUCAUUUGGUGAAGUGGGAGCGUGAGAGGGUUUCUUUUUGCAGGACUUGCUGGUCUCAUGUCUGCCUCCAGUGGGUUGAUGAAGUUGGAGCCUGGGAGUGCGUGUUUCCACUGAACUGAUGUGCACAGGCUGAAGAAGUACAUUUAAAAAAGCAAAAUGCUACGGAUGCUGGAAAUCUGAAAUAAAAACAGAGAAUGCUGGGAAAACUCAGCAGGUCUGACAGCAUCUGGGGAGAGAGAAACAGAGUUAACGUUUCGAAUCUAAUGACCUUCUUCAGAGCUCACAUUUAUUUUACCCUGGAUAGUAAAUAGUGUUUUUCCCAUCACGACAGGUUGGUCUAAAAUAAAAAUGUUUGUCUUAGUUCUAUUCACUCCACAGUUCUGUUGGCUGAAUUGGUCCAUGUAGAUUUCUGCUCCACCUAGUUUCCACCCACCCCUCCUCUUCUACCUCCAUCAGGAUAUCCUUCUAUUCUGUUCUCCCUUGUGUACGUACCUAGCUUCUCCUUAAGUGGUUUCAUGCUAUUGUUAAGAAAUAGGAACUUACCUUUUGUAAAUAGCCCAGAAAUAGCUGUAACUUGGGAAUUGGAAGGGAGAGAGGAACUCAGGAAAAUUGCAAUCACCAGGUAAGCGGUACUUAGCAAAUUGUUGGAGCUGCAGGCUGAAAAAUCUUUGGUUUCUGAUGCACCUCAUCCUAGGGUCUUAAAAGACGUGGCUGGUGAGAAAGCUGUUGCCUUGGUUUUAGUUUUCCAAAAUUCUCUAGAUUUCAGGAAGGUUCCAUUAGAUUGGAAAAUAGCAAAUGUAACUCCUUUAUUCAAAAAGGGAGGGAGACAGAAAGCAGGAAACUCAGGC